AUCAUUUGUUUUUCAAUUGUUGUAGUGCAAGCCUACUAAAGCCCACUAGAUACACUUUCGAUCCAGAAGUCUCUGUAUCACAAGAUGGACGCUUGGAAUUAAUAUCUCUCACAUAUAUAUGCUGACAUGGGUUAUAAGAGGGCACCAGGAGUGGAAGGAAAAGCUUGCCAAAAUCCCCUUCAUCUCAGUUAAUCUGAUAUUGUAAAUUCUUUCUCAGAACCAGGCAUUGUGUAACAGAUUGUGACUGACUAGUUGGUGGAUUCCAGCCUUCUUAGGGCAACUUGUUGAAUAACAAUAACAAAGUCAUUGAUAGGAAGCAGAAAAAGGAAGAAUGAUUUUUACAUCUGGAAUCUAACCAGCAGUAACAUUUUUCUCAGCUUAUUUAGCAUUGUUGAUCAUUAUAACCAAUGAAGAAAUGGCUUGGAAAUGGAUAAAGGUUUUUGCUUAUUUCUCAAUGGCGGUCACCUCUGCUGUGGGUGGGGAGGAAUCAUCCCAAUUCAAGUGUGCAGACUUCAACAACAACACUUGGCUGGAAUACAGACAAGGCACUAAGCUGCAGGUUCAGUACCUUCUCCUGACACGAAAAAAUGCAGACUGUGCCAGCCUCUUUACACAGGACUGCCUCAAUCACACCCAGAAACACACUGCUUACUUCAACCCAUCACUCCCCACUAAAGUCAUCAUUCAUGGUUACAGGGCUCUGGGCAGUAAGCCCUCAUGGGUGAGUGGCUUAGCACAGGCACUACUGCGUGAAGAGGAUGUGAAUGUUUUGGUGGUGGACUGGGUCUAUGGAGCAUCCUUUGCUUAUAACCUGGUCGUAGAGAACUACAAGGAGGUUGCAGUGCAGAUAUCGGUUCUUAUUCAUCAACUUACAAAGUACGGAAGCACUCUGGAGUCUUUCCAUUUCAUUGGUGUGAGUCUUGGAGCACAUGUUUCUGGAUUUGUGGGGACCCUGUUUGAAGGCAAAAUUGGUCGAAUCACAGGUCUGGACCCAGCAGGUCCGAUGUUCAAGAGGGCUGAUCCAUUUGACCGCCUGGAUUCAUCAGAUGCUUUGUUUGUUGAGGCUAUCCACACUGACUCUGACUACUUUGGUAUAUCCAUUCCUGUUGGGCACGUGGACUUCUUUUUAAAUGGUGGAAUGGACCAAGCUGGGUGCGCACGCUCAAGGUUUGCUUCAAUUUUGAUUUACUUUCCAGUGUAUGGUUAUGUCAUUUGUGACCACAUGAGGGCGCUGCAUGUUUACAUGAGCGCCCUGAACAACUCAUGUCCACUCAUUGGUUUCCCCUGCUCCAAUUAUGAGGAAUUCCUGGCAGGAAAGUGCAUCAACUGUGAGGGCCCCUUCAAUGGCACAUGCCCACAAAUAGGCUUGUUAAAGAACAGUGGGAUAAAGGUGUCCCCCCUGCCAAAUCAAGAACGCGUCUACCUCCUGACCACCGCUGCAGCUCCCUAUUGUGCGCAUCACAUCCUUGUGGAGUUGAAGGUUUCCCCUUUAGAUAAAACUGCUGAAGUUCAGCUCUCCCUGAUCUCUGCGGGACACCCAGAGACGGAACUAAAACUCAAGCUAUUUACAGAUGAAAUUGGGUAUAAAAAGGUGACUGCGCACCCAGAAGGCCUGUGUAAAAUUGAGUCAAUGCAGCUGAAAAACUCAGGAGCACGAUUCUACAGACAAGGCGAUAUUCACUUCGAGUAUAUAUGCAUCUCCGAAUUCCCUCAAAACAGAGUGAUGGAUCCAUUAUGUGUGGAGAACAUUCAUAUUGGAAGGGGAGUACCAUGGUCACAUGACUUUGUCCAGGCGUGCUAAAUAAAGAGAUUGCUAUUACACAACACAAGAUCUCCUUAUGAGAGCUGAUGAUUUUAGCAGGUAACCAGCUUGUGCCGAAUAUUGCUAUGUACAGCACAAUAGAGUAGCGAAACUCAACCACACUUGCAAGAAAAGGUCAAAAGCUUGGGUUUGCAAAAUGUAUACAAGAGGACUAAAAUACUUUUAAAUACUCUAUUAAAGAUGUAUUUAUUGUUUUGUUUUUUCACAAAAGUGUUUAAAGUUGUAAAGUUGCCUAUACAGUGUGUAAAAUAGGAUUUCAGAUUUAUUUUUCUUUUUUUUUUGUUGCUAAAACUGCUACAAGGUGUGUAAUAUUAAAAUAUCAGCAGAGAGGAAUUUUAGUUUUAGGGGUUGUUUUUGUGUGUGUGUGUGUGUGUGUGUGUGUGUGUGUGUGUGUGUGUGUGUGUGUGUGUGUGUGUGUGUGUGUGUGUGUGUGUGUGUGUGUGUGUGAGCAUGUAUUUAUCACUUUGUGGGGACCAAAUGUCCCCAUAAGGAUAGUGAAACCCGAAAUGUUUUACCUUGUGGGGACAUUUUGUCGGUCCCCAUGAGGAAAACAGCUUAUAAAUCAUACUAAAUUAUGUUUUUUGAAAAUGUAAAAAUGCAGAAUGUUUUCUGUGAGGGUUAGGUUUAGGGGUUGGGUUAGGUUUAGGGGAUAGAAUAUAAAGUUUGUACAGUAUAAAAACCAUUAUGUCUAUGGAAAGUCCCCAUAAAACAUGGAAACACUACAUGUUUGUUGUGUGUGUGUGUGUGUGUGUGUGUGUGUGUGUGAGCGUGUAUUUAUCACUUUGUGGGGACCAAAUGUCCCCAUAAGGAUAGUAAAACCCGAAAUUUUUGACCUUGUGGGGACAUUUUGUCGGUCCCCAUGAGGAAAACAGCUUAUAAAUCAUACUAAAUGAUGUUUUUUGAAAAUGUAAAAAUGCAGAAAGUUUUCUGUGAGGGUUAGGUUUAGGGGUAGGAUUAGGUUUAGGGGAUAGAAUAUAAAGUUUGUACAGUAUAAAAACCAUUAUGUCUAUGGAAAGUCCCCAUAAAACAUGGAAACACAACAUGUGUGUGUGUGUGUGUGUGUGUGUGUGUGUGUGUGUGUGUGUGUGUGUGUGUGUGUGUGUGUGUGUGUGUGUGUGUGUGUGUGUG